AGAUUAUGAAAGACGACGUCGUUGACAACAUAAUAAUUGAUGUCCUGAGCGCUAGUACUCACGAAAAGCUACUUUCCGAAGUGAUCACGGAAGGACGAGUUCUAAAGCUUCUCGAUUUGGCACUGGAUGUAUUUAAAAGACAGAAAUCAAUGGUUGAAAUGAAUGCUCCGAUAAAGGUGUGCGGUGACAUCCAUGGACAAUUCCCGGAUCUUCUUCGUCUCUUCCAUCGUGGUGGAUGGCCGCCGACUGCGAAUUAUUUAUUCCUUGGUGACUAUGUGGACCGUGGAAGAUUUAGCAUUGAAACCAUUGUUCUUCUUCUCGCUUAUAAGGUGAAAUUCCCGGGCAAUUUAUUCUUGUUGCGUGGAAACCAUGAGUGCGAGUUUGUCAACAAGGUAUAUGGAUUCUAUGAAGAGUGUCAGAAACGCUAUCAAAGUGUUCGCAUGUUCACGGCUUUCCAGGACGUAUUCAAUUGGCUUCCACUCUGCGGACUCAUUGCUAAUAAGAUCUUGUGCAUGCACGGAGGACUAUCGCCUAGCCAUGACGGCAAGGAGAGACUGGUAGCUGAUCUUUUGUGGGCCGAUCCUAUUAGUGGUCUUUCUGGGUUUAUGGAAAACAACCGAGGUGCCGGGUGUGGAUUCGGAAGAGAUGCUGUUCUGAAAGUGUGCUCCGAUUUUAAGCUUGACCUGAUCUGUCGUGCCCAUCAAGUUGUUCAAGACGGUUAUGAGUUCUUUGCUGGUCGGAAAUUGGUGACAAUCUUCUCGGCUCCUCAUUACUGUGGUCAAUUCGACAACUGUGCUGCCUUCAUGUCUUGCGACGAGAAGCUUCAGUGCUCGUUCGAAAUUCUCCGUCCAACGAGUGGCCGCCUUGAAGUUCGCGAGAAACCAUUGCUCAAGGAUGAAACAAACUGAUGGAUGGCUGAUUCAUAAUUUCCUUCAAUAAAUGAAUAGACAAAUAAAUGUGGUUUUGAUA